UAGUCCGUUUUUCAGUAAAGGGAAAAAAAGUAGGGUAUGUGCAGCUUCCAAAUUAAAGGGUAAUCCGCCCAGGCAACAUAAAUGCUGUAAGAACUCAACUGGAUUGGCGAAGGCUAUGGAGCCUCAGCCUGCCAUGGCCUGUGAGAUGUUGGAGAAGAUAGAGAAUGUAGGGGGAAAGGUAGAUACUGUGAUUAUGGACAACGACUCAACUACCAUGGCAAGAGUAAAAGAUAAUGUUGAUCCCAAUAUGAGCAAAAGAUCUGACAGUAAUCACACGAAGAAGGGAUUUACGGGUGCUUUAGUAGAACUGAGCAGCAACAAUAAAGUUUUAAGUUGUAACAUAACUUUAUCUAUGUCCUGUGCUGGUAUUACUGAAGUAAAAGCAGUAUUAAAUUGUUUGUAUUUGAGUGCAUGCCUGAAAAGAAGAAUGUUCAAUGGUUUAGCCAUAUUUGUACAUGUACGGACAAGUUUCAAUUAUAGAUGA